AGCCUUUAAAUGGCAAUGAUUUUUAAAAUAAAUAUUUAAUUUUGUUGGUUUUCAAAUUUCUGUGUAUGUAAUUUGCAAAAUAAGCCCAACAUUAUAUUGUUCAUCAGAAUCGCUGUCAACCAUGGAUAAACACAACAGUUCUGAGUUGUUAAACUCGGAUUAUUCGGUGUCCAAAAAUGCUAGUUCCGAUUCAUUGGAUUCAGACUCUAAAUCGAGUUCAUUGAAUUCCAAACACGGACAGGACUCCUCCCAUGGUUUGGGCGACAUUCAGUUGUUAGAUGGUGAGAAAGUGAUGAGUGUAUCCAGAGAUGUCACAUAUCUGUGCCCAUACAACGGUCCGUCCCACGGUGUUCUUAAAGUUACCAAUUACCAGCUUCAUUUUAGACCUACCGAAGCAACAUCACUUCAAACUACAUUAAGCGUGUCAUUGGGAGUAGUGUCCCGCAUAGAAAAGGUUGGUGGAGCCUCAUCUAAGGGAGAAAACUCAUAUGGCAUUGAAGUAUUCUGUAAGGACAUGCGGAAUUUACGUUUCGCGCAUAGACAAGAGAAUCAUUCCAGACGAGGCAUAUUUGAGAAGUUACAACAGCUAGCGUUCCCUCUGUCGCACAGAUUACCACUGUUUGCGUUCAGCUAUUCUGAGAGCUUUCCUGAUGAUGGCUGGAAUGUGUACGAACCUAUUGCUGAAUUGAGGAGAAUGGGUGUCAACAAUGACAUGUGGCGCAUAACGCGUAUAAAUGAUAAGUAUGAGAUAUGCGACAGUUACCCAGCAGUCUGGGCCGUGCCGGCAGCAGCUAAUGAUGACUUGCUUCGCUCUGUGGCCGCGUUCCGCUCUCGUGGUCGCAUACCAGUGCUUGCUUGGAUACAUCCAAGCUCACAGGCCACGAUUACCAGGUGCAGCCAGCCUUUAGUUGGAGUAAGUGGCAAACGUAGCAGAGAGGACGAGAGGUACAUACAGUUGAUCAUGGACGCAAACGCCCAAGCGCACAAGCUAUUUAUUAUGGACGCACGGCCCAGUGCCAACGCUAUAGCGAAUAAAGCUAAAGGAGGCGGGUACGAAUCUGAGGAUGCUUAUCAAAACGCAGAACUCGUAUUCCUCGACAUUCACAACAUUCACGUGAUGAGGGAGAGUUUGCGGAAACUAAAGGAGCUUUGCUUCCCCCAAAUUGAUCAAACUAGGUGGUUCAGUGGUAUAGAAGCUAGCUGCUGGUUGAAACACAUCAAAUGCAUAUUAGCAGGCGCUGUACGCAUUGUAGACAAGGUAGAGAAUCACAAGACGUCAGUACUAGUGCACUGCUCCGACGGCUGGGACCGCACGGCGCAGCUCACUGCGCUGGCGAUGCUGAUGCUGGACCCCUACUACCGCACGCUGAGGGGCUUCCAGGUGCUGAUCGAGAAGGAGUGGCUUUCCUUUGGCCACAAGUUUCAACUUCGAAUUGGCCACGGCGACGAGCGUCACUCCGACGCGGACAGGUCGCCCGUGUUCGUGCAGUGGGUGGACUGUGUGUGGCAGCUGCAGCAACAGUUCCCCACCGCCUUUGAGUUCACUGAGCGACUGUUGAUCACUAUCGUCGAUCAUCUGUACUCGUGUCGAUUUGGCACUUUCCUGUUCAACACUGAACGGGAGAGGGUGAAAGAAGAAGUGAAAGCGAAGACAGUAUCGCUGUGGUCGUACAUAAACAGCCGACAGAACCUGUACCUCAACCCGCUGUACUGGGGCCCGUCGUCGUUCACCAACGCGCCGCCCACCGCGCACUCGCGCCCGCAGAUGGUGCUGGUGCCCGUCGCCUCGCUGCGGAUCAUCAAGCUGUGGAAAGCUCUGUACUGUAGAUGGAACCCUACUAUGAGGCAACAAGAUCCAAUAUACCAGCGAACUCGCGAGUUAGUCGCGUUACGUGCUCAAUUGGAGGCAGCGGCGGCGGCGGCGGCGGGUGACCACGCGGCGCGGCAACAUCGCCUCGGACUCACGCCGCCGCGCGUUGCCAGUCCGCACCAUGUGUGAACCCUGCCACCGGACUUUGGACAGCGAGGAACAACGCCACCGCCACAAGAGGCUGACUGAAAAUGGAGCGAAACAGGUGACACGGUGUCCUGUUCUUAGAUUUUAAUUAUUUAAGUCGAAAAAAAAAACAAAAUUUACUCAGUGAUAUUGUUUACCGCAUUUUGUUAUUUUCAUUCCUGAACUUUUUAAAUGUAGCUUUUUGUAAAUAAUAUUAUAUCUAACGGUCCUCGCACACCUAAGAUAUGCUAAGAUAUGCUCGAUGUCAAUAAAGUAUGGUAAGGUUUCUUACGCUAGCCACAAACGGUCAAUUAUUCUCACGUUUCUGAAAAGCAAACGGCAGUAUUCACACGGCAUACUAUACAGGUCAUGUACGCAGUGACCAACACACGAUCAAUUAUAGUCGUGGGUGCUACAGAAACGUGAGAAUAAUUGACCGUUUGUGGUUAGCAUUAAUUCGUUCCUCCUAACGCUUUAGUAGCCCGAUUUUCACCGGUUUUUCUCAAAAGAACUUUGAAAAAAGUCUAGUUUGACAGUUUUUCCUUGUACAUGCAAUUUCGUUUUUGUUUUUGAGGAAGAUUCCAAAACAUCUAUUAUUUUAGUUUUUUUUUAAUUUUCAGUUUGUUCUAUGUAUGUUUAACCUAAUACCUUACCCUAAUAGUUUGACAAUAUUAUUGCAUGUGUGCGGAGGUUAAUAACAGUAUUUUAAAUAUUUACUCGGCAGUUAUAUUUAAUUUAAAUAUUAUUAAUAUUAUAUAAUUUAAAGUUUUGUAUGUUAUUUUUAUAUUAACAUUGAAAAUAUUUUUUAAAAACAACUUUUUAUUAUAACCUAGUUGGUAUCUAAAGUAUUGCACGUGUAUUUUAAAUAUUUAAUUACCUAAAUAUAAAUUAUGAAACGGGACUGUAAAAACUCUAGCUGUAAAUAAUAAUUAAUAAGUUCUAAAAAUA